GCUAAGCACCAAUAUUGAAAAGUAUUCCAAAGCCAGAAAAAAUAAAUCAGCCAGUUUGGUUUGUUGAAGGGCUGGACAACAAUGUUUACUCUAAAUGUUAGCUUAAUUCUAGUACUUGUUUUCUCGACACAAAUUAUUUCUACAGAUGGAGAUAAAAGUUUUAACUGCCAAAUUUGUGAAGGCAAUCGUACAAAUGCGUAUAGCAAAAACCUCAACAGCAUUCUUUCCGUGAUAACAUCCAACACUACCGAGAUUGACAAUGGAUUCUACAACUUCUCCUUGGGGCAAGAACCAAACAAAGCUUAUGUUAUAGCCAUAUGUCGGAGGGACCUCUCAUUGGCUAACUGCCGUAGUAAUAUUUAUGGGUCAGCGAGUAAUUUCCAGGAGAUAUGUCUUUCAAGUAAUGAGUCUGUUGGAUAUUAUAACAGUGAGAUGAUGUUCAGAUAUUCAUACAAGCCUAUACUAGAUAUCAGAGACAGCAAACUCAACUGCACAUAUAUAGGCCCUUGGCCAGCUCCCGAGCCUUACAUAGAAAAAUUGAGGCAAAAAUCUACAAAUUUAUUGAGUGGAUUAAUAAAAAAAGCAGCAGCAGGUAAUUCGAGGGAUAAAUCUGCAGCUGGAAGUGUUAAUGUUUCAGCUUCCCUUAGUGUAUAUGCAAUUACAAUGUGCAGUCCAGACUUAUCUCCUUCAUAUUGCUUCACUUGUUUGGAAGGAGCUCUUAAAACUCUACAAAUUUGCUGUAGUAUGAGACAAGGACCCUCAAUCUAUAUACCCGGUUGUUUGAUUGAGACUGAGAAUUAUCCAUUUCUAAAUCUGGCUACUUGGAAUUCCAUCCCACCAUCACCUCUAAUACCUUUUACUCCACCUAUACCUCACAGAAGAAGAAGUAAACCAGGAAGGGGCAUUUAUAUUGUCAUUGGUGUAGUGAGUGUACUAUUGGUGACUGCCAGCUUAUUUUUAUAUUUCUCAAGAAGAACAAAACAGAAUAAACAAGAGAUUGAGAAAAACAAUGAUCAGGUAAUAUGUAUGGACUUCAAGCAAUUCGAUUUCAGCGCAGUACAAGCAGCGACACACAACUUUUCUAAUACGAAAAGGCUAGGCAUAGAAAGUUCAGCAAGAGUAUAUAAGGGAAUGCUUCCAGGUGGGCAAGAAAUAGCAGUUAAGAUGCUAUUAAAAAUUGACAAAGAUAUUAAACGGAAAUUUGACAAUGAGGUUCUUUUAUUGACAAACCUACAACACAGAAACCUGGUGAAACUCCUAGGUUUUUGUGUUCAACAGGACCUCAUGCUUCUAAUAUAUGAGUUCCUGCCCAAUGAAAGUCUCGAUAAGUUUCUUCUACACGAUACUGCUAAGCGCGCAAAUUUGAAUUGGGAAACAAGAUAUAAUGUUAUACAAGGAAUUGCUCGAGGCCUGAGUUACCUGCAUGACGAUUCUUUAUUAAGGGUUAUCCACCGAGAUCUUAAACCAAGCAACAUACUAUUAGAUGUUGACAUGAAACCCAAAAUUUCAAACUUUAUCAAGGCAACCCAUGUUCAUGAAGACCAAACCAGGGGAGCUAGUAGCACAAUUAAAGGUACUUGUUGGUAUAUGCCUCCAGAGUAUGGGCAACAAGGGCAAUUCUCUGUUAAAUCUGAUGUCUUUAGCUUCGGUGUCUUGCUACUGGAAAUCAUAUGCGGGCAAAUGAUUGGUUGCUUUUCAGAGGGAGAACAUGGCGUGAAUCUUCUAAGCUAUGCGUGGAGCAAGUGGUCUGAGGGUACAGCCUUGGAUGUGGUAGAUCCUACACUGGAUAGAAUAGAGAGUCACAAAACACAAAUGUUGAGAUGCAUAAAGAUUGCGAUGUUAUGUGUACAAGAGAAUCCAACACACAGGCCAACUAUUGCUGCUGUUAUAUACAUGCUGAACAACGACAUGAUUACUAUAGAAGAACCGUCAAAACCAGCUCAUGUUAUUUACAGUACAAUGACAUGGAUAUAAGCUCAAGUCUAAAUUCACUACAAUGGUGAAAUAUGCAAGCCUAUACAAGCUUCAUGAAGCAAGGUUUUCAGUCAUAGUUCUGACUUUGUUUAUGCUACGGAGCUAUGUUACUCAGACACGAGUGUCGGUGUCGUGUCUAAAUUCACUACAACAGUCUUUGAUGACUAAACUGCAAUUAAUCAGUUAGUCCAUUGAGCAAAUAUUUGAGAAUGCUAUAAAUGGAUUAACCCAGAUUUUCUUUCAUUCCAUAAUACAAGAUUAAAUACUAAGGCUCGCUCUAGGGUUGAGCCGUCAAC